AUCAACAUAUGAAGGGUGACAUAAAGAAAACGAUUCAAAAAGCUUGACGGUUUGUACAUGUGUACAAGUACUUCUCGUAUCUCCACGUACUAGAUCUCUUCAGCAAUCGCCAGACACACACAUAAUUUUACAAAAACCGGUUUUUCCUCCUUAUCUUUAGCUUUGUUCCCAUCUUCCCACAAUUUUGCCACCUACCACUUCCUCUGGUCUCUUCAAAUCUUGGGUGUUGAUUCUCUCUUUCACUGGAUGUGGUGUGAAUCUCUGAACUCAAUUGAAAGAGGUCAUGCAUUGUUGUGGUUCCUUCUCCUUCUUUUACAUCCUGGUCAUGGUGUUGCUUUGAGGGUUCUUCUAAGAUUCCUAGCUCUGGAUUCUUAAAGAUCAGAGUUUCCUAGAUCUGAAAGUUACCAUUGACGAGGUUAGAUGUGGUCUGAAUUCUCCUUCAAUCAAUCCUUUCGCAUUGCGGCGUACCGAAUUCGAGAAUCUUAUUAGGGUUUGCGGUAGCAGAAACGUAAAGGACCUACACUAUUUUCAGCAACUAUUUUGGAUGGGGCAUUCUGCAGCUGUGUGGGACUGUAGAGCAGCAACUGAAAUUACAAAAGACUGGAAUGGAAUUGAUCAAAUUGUGCUUCGGAACCCUCGAGGUGCUUUGGCACGGGUAAGCUUACAUGGAGCACAGGUCACUUCAUGGAGGAAUGAGCACGGGGAAGAACUUCUAUUCACAAGCAGUAAGGCGAUUUUCAAGGCUCCAAAAGCAAUACGAGGAGGAAUUCCUAUAUGUUUCCCUCAGUUUGGAACCUGUGGAUCUCUGGAGCUGCAUGGAUUUGCAAGGAACAGAAUGUGGUUCAUUGAUGAUAAUCCUCCUCCUCUGCCGGCUAAUGAUUCCAUUGGGAAAUCAUUUGUUGACCUUCUACUGAAAUCAUCCGAGGAAGAUAUGAAGUGCUGGCCACAUAGUUUUGAGUUUCGUCUUCGGGUGUCUCUUACAACAGACGGAGAUCUGAAUUUGAUAUCACGAGUGAGGAAUAUCAAUGGCAAGCCAUUUAGUUUCUCAUUUGCAUAUCACACGUACUUACUGGUUUCCGACAUCAGCGAGAUAAGGAUUGAAGGUUUGGAGACACUCGACUAUCUGGACAACCUUUUGCAGAAGGAACGAUUCACAGAACAAGGAGAUGCGAUAACAUUUGAAUCUGAGGUUGAUCGAGUUUAUCUUAGCUCUCCGAACAUAAUUGCAGUUCUAGAUCACGAGAGGAAAAGGACAUUUGUUAUGCGAAAGGAAGGUCUCCCUGAUGUUGCUGUGUGGAAUCCAUGGGAUAAGAAGGCAAAGUCGAUGGUGGACAUGGGCGACGAGGAGUAUAAACAGAUGCUUUGUGUUGAUGGGGCAAUAUUUGAGAAACCGGUGAUCUUGAAGCCCGGAGAGGAAUGGACAGGGCGGCUGCAGCUCUCGGUUGUGGCAUCAAGUUUUUGUAGUGAGCGCCUUGGUCUCGACAGAGAUGGCCUCUGAAGAAGUGUACAAAGUCUUUAUCAGUAGUUGGUGUCUUUUGAUGAUGUUACAUUAACAUUAAGUUGUAGAGAUAGUGUUUCUUUUUUUAAGGCAGAGUCAGGUUUUGGGUGAUGCUGCUUUUUUAUGAAGGCCUAUGUUUUUGUGAGAAUGGCUAUCAAAUUUCUAUUUAUUUUGAAUACUUUGGUGGUGACAACUAUAUGUUAAAUCCAUGAAUUUUCCAGAAAAAA